AUGAGCAGUCUGUCUGCGGAACAGAUUGCCAAGGCUCUCGAACUCAAAAAUGAAGGUAAUGUCUUUAUCAAGAAACAGGAUUAUGCCAAGGCUGCCGAGCUGUACACCAAGGCUAUCGAACUUGAUCCCAACCAUUCUGCUUAUUUUUCGAAUAGAGCGUUAGCCCAUUUGAAAUUGGAUAAUUUCCAAAGCUGUUUGCAUGAUUGCGACGAGGCUUUAGCUCUAGAUCCGGCCAACUUGAAAGCGCAUCAUAGACGUGGACUAGCUUAUAUUGGUCUGCUUGAGUUCAAGAAAGCUAGAAGUGAUUUACAGAUUGUUUUGAAGAGCAAGCCGGGGGAUGUCACUGCAAAGAGAGCUUUGGGCGUUUGCGAGAAAUUCAUUCGUGAAGAGAGGUUCAGGAAAGCCAUAGGAGGAGAUGAAGAAUACGGUAAAGUUGAUUUCUGUGAGAGCUUGAAAUUGGAAACGUAUGAUGCAAAUACUGAUCUGGCCAAGUACGAAGGACCAAAAUUGGAACUUGAGCAAUUGACAGAUGCAAAAGGCGAUGCGGCGGGUGCGGAGGUUAAAAACAUGACGACCGAGUUCAUUUCGAGACUGGUGAACGAAGUUUUCUUGCAAAGCAAGAAUAUUCCGAAAAAAUACGCUGCCGCUAUCAUUUCUCAUGCUAAUAGACUGUUCCGCCGCGAACCUACUGUGGUGGAACUUUCUAAUAGAUCCGACCCGAGUGUAACGAUUUCAGUCUGUGGCGAUACGCAUGGUCAGCUCUACGAUGUGCUUAAUAUAUUCCGCAAGUUUGGCAAAGUGGGGCCAAACCAUAUUUAUCUAUUCAAUGGUGACUUUGUGGAUCGCGGAUCAUGGUCCUGUGAGGUGGCACUGCUCUUUUACAGUUUGAAAAUUCUCUACCCAGACAGCAUUUAUCUGAAUAGAGGCAAUCAUGAAAGCAAUAACAUGAAUAAGAUUUACGGCUUCGAAGACGAGUGCAAGUACAAAUAUUCGGCACGCAUCUUUGACAUGUUCUCGCAGAGUUUCGAAAGCUUGCCGCUUGCUACGGUGAUCAACAACGACUACCUUGUGAUGCAUGGUGGGCUGCCAAGUGACACUUCCUGCACUUUGGAAGAUUUCAAGAAAAUCAACAGGUUUUCACAACCACCAAGAGAAGGAGCCUUUAUGGAGCUAUUGUGGUCAGACCCUCAGGAAGCCGACGGCUUCGGGCCCUCACAACGUGGCCUCGGUUUCGCAUUCGGGUCUGAUAUUACUGCACAGUUUUUGCAAAAGAACAAGCUUCGUAAGAUCUUCAGGUCUCAUGAAGUAAGAAUGGGCGGUGUUCAAUUGGAGCACAAUGGUAAGCUGGUCACGGUCUUCAGUGCGCCAAAUUACUGCGACAGCCAGGGAAAUUUGGGUGGCAUUAUUCAUGUGGUCCCCGGCAAAGGGCAGCUCAUUCAAAAUGGUAACGACGACGAGGACUUGAUUAUCGAAACUUUCGAAGCAGUUCCUCAUCCUGACGUCAAGCCAAUGGCGUACUCCAACGGCGGUCUUGGAUUCUGA